ACUCCGCGAUCGUCCGGUGAAGGGAACGGAUCGCUCGUGAACCAGUUCCUCGCUCGUACUACCUCAGUUUCGAAUCACUAGUUUAAAACUGUCGAUUCCUAAAAAUCUCACAAAUAAAUUUCACUUUUCUCUUUUUCUUCCUCGAACGUUUACGAUCGCUGGAAUAUAAAUUCAGAUCAUUUUGAAGUAUAAACCGUGCCAGAACGAUGAUAGUACCCGGGAGGGAAUGAGAACGAUUAAACGAGCCGUUGCUCGUGCGUUUCAAACACACAAUUCCAUUGGAUAUUUCAUAUAUUCUCGUCGGACUGUUUCCGCAGAGCCUUGCGGAGCGCUCGCUCAUACGUAUUCGCAUCGUUGAGGAGGUGUCGGUGGUGCAUGUGUACUACAAGUCGUGUGUAUAAAACAAAUGCGUGACUGUGUUUCGUUGUUUCGUACCUGUGCGCGCGUCUAUUACUGCGUCAAAAGAAGGAAAGGUCGGUGCAACACCGUAUAGAAAUAUGCCAACGGAGACUUCAAUGCCCGCCCGCGUGUGUCGACGAUAAGUGAUGAAGGGCGGCUCAACCGACGGAUCUAUUUUUUAUACCUUCUUUUUUACACCGCAUCAGCCACUGACUGAAUCCAGUUUUUUCCCGGUGUCCCGAUACUCUUGAAGCCGGAACGGCGGCAACGGAAGGUUUUAAAAUUUUUAAAUAGAAACGGUCGGAAUUUCUUUACGAACGCGCGGACAGAUUUUUAAUCGCGAUUAUACUCGUCGAGGCGAUUGCGACUCUUGGUUGAAUAUCGCCGAUUGGUAGCGGUAAACAAAGAACCUGCGAAAACGUGUUUUUGUUUUUUCUCUCUUCCCCCGCCCGUAUAAUUGUGCCAAGAGUGGAUGGGGUUGAACUGGCGCUAGCGCCAGACAAAUCUUUUGGAUAAUAUGAUCCUGAAAUUCAGGAUCUUGGGGACCCUCUUGGGAAUAUUGAUAAGCGGGGUCCAAGGGUCAACGAAAUGCGGUCAUCCGGCAGUGCCGAUGAAUUCGAGAGUCGCGCUCACGGACGAGACUCUGUCAGCUGGUACCCUAGCGACCUACACCUGUGAUUCCGGUUACGAACUCUUCGGACAAUCCAUCCUAAAAUGCAGCAAUCAGGGGAAAUGGCAGGGAGAAUUACCAUUUUGCGGUACGAACGUGGCUUUUCGUAAACCGGCGAAUCAAUCGACUACGGUAAGAGGGGGUGAGGCGGCUCACGGGAACGACGGGGACGUCAGUACCGAGCACGAUGGGAAAAGAUGCACCGAGACUCAGAGCGAGCCGAGCCCCUGGUGGAGGGUGGAUUUGCUCAAGCCAUACGCGGUGAAGGUGAUUCGCGUAACAACCCGAGGAUGUUGCGGUCAUCAACCGCUCCAGGAUAUCGAGAUCAGGGUCGGUAACAGCAGCGCGGAAUUGCAGAGGAAUCCACUCUGCGCUUGGUUUCCAGGAACCAUAGAGGAAGGAAUAACGAAGACUUUCGCUUGUGCCAGAGCUCUCGUGGGCCAAUACGUUUUUCUUCAAUUGGUCGGCGUGGAAGGAAGUCUGAGCCUGUGCGAGAUCGAAGUAUUCGCGACCGAUGAAUUUUCGAUCGAUCGAUGCGCCCACGCUGGUACACCUGCCGAUGCCGACAUUGCCGCUUUCAAUUCGACCUGUUACGAAUUCGUCAUAACCAAGGGUGGAUCUUUUCAAGAGGCUAGAAACCAUUGUCAAUCCCGCGGUGGAGACUUGGUUCAUAAUUUUCAGGGUGUCGCAUCAACGUUCAUAUUGAAAAAUCUAGAGAGGAGGAAGGACAAGCUAAAGACCCAAUUGGUGUGGAUCGGUGCUCAGAAGGAACCCUCGAUAACAGCGAGAACUUGGCGUUGGGUCGACGGUGAAAUAGUUCAACGUCCGUCGUGGGGUAAGGAUCAGCCGAACAAUUACAACGGGGAACAAAAUUGUGUCGUUCUCGACGGUGGAAGAGCUUGGCUGUGGAACGACGUCGGUUGUAAUCUCGACUACCUCCACUGGAUCUGUCAGAGCGUACCUUCCGUCUGCGGAAGCCCGGAAAAAGCUGAAAAUACAACCGUUAUCGGUAAGAAGCGAAGCAUCGGUUCGAGCAUCGAUUACGUUUGUCCCGACGGAUAUAUGCUCGUCGGUUCGAAGACGAGAAUUUGCGAAAGCAGCGGUUUCUGGAGUGGCGUUCCCCCAAAUUGCAAAUUCGUCGAUUGCGGAACGUUACCGGAAUUGAUCAACGGACGAAUAACUCUGAUCGAUCGAAGAACGACUUACGGAGCCUUCGCCGACUACUCGUGCAACGAGAAUUAUACUCUCAUCGGAGAGACGAGAAGAAGAUGCGGCGAUGGAGGAAUUUGGAGCGGUCAUCAAGCCCGGUGUCUGUUCGACUGGUGUCCCGAACCACCGAAAAUAAGCGGAGGAGUUGUGACGAGCACGGGUAGACGGGUCGGUUCGACGGCUACUUACAAUUGUCAAAAUGGUUUUAUUCUCUUUGGAGAAAACGUUCUCAGGUGCGAUAUCGGCGGGGAUUGGUCGGGAAAAGCGCCACAAUGCAAAUUCGUUGAUUGCGGGGCCCCCGCACAGAUCGAAUUUGGCAAGGUGAAUCUUAUAAACGAUACGACUACCGUUGGGAGCUUGGUCGAGUACGUUUGCCUGGAGGAUUAUUGGCUCGUCGGUGAAUCGAGUCAAGAAUGUACGCGAGAAGGAAAAUGGAGUCACGAGACACCCUCGUGCGAGCUUAUAACUUGCGAAGAGCCCCAAGUUCCAGCCGGAAGCUACGUCGUCGGUUACGACCUCAAUGUUCACAGCUCGAUAGAGUACAACUGCGAGACGGGAUAUUUGCUCCGCGGUGAGGCCAAACACUCUUGUGAAAAAGACGGCGAAUGGAGCGGCGACGUACCGAGCUGCGAGUACAUCGAAUGCGGCAAGGUCUUACCGAUGUUGAACGGUGCGGUCGAUUAUGUCAAUGGAAGUACUCAUCUUGGGAGUGAAAUAACGUACAGUUGCACGAGAAAUUAUCGAUUGAACGGAGUUGAGAGACGAUACUGUUUGGACAAUGGACAAUGGAGCGACGCGACGCCCAAGUGCGAAGAGAUUCGAUGUCCGGAGCCGAUACUCGCGGAGCACGGGAUCCUCUCGGUAACGGGAAACGACAGGAUGUACGGUAGAACGUUGGUGCGAACUGGAACUGCCGAAAAUUCAAAUACCGGUGCUACCUCGUACAAGAUCGGGGCAUUGGCGAAAUAUAGAUGCGAGAGGGGAUACAAGGUCGUCGGUGAACCGCUAUCAACGUGCGAGGACAACGGCAAGUGGAGCGGCCAAGUUCCCCAAUGCGUGUUCGUUGAUUGCGGAAAACCGGAGGAGACCGAGCACGGGCGUUAUACCCUCACCUCGAACGCGACUUAUUACGGUGCGGCUGCGAUUUACGAGUGCGACGGUAAUUUUGAACUCGACGGUUUCGCGAGGAGGCUCUGCCUGGAAAAUGCCACGUGGAGCAGCGAUAUCCCCAUUUGCAAAGAAAUCAGAUGCAAAGAUCCGGAAAGAGUGAGUCCUCUCUCGACUCAAGUCUCGACUCACAGUGUCGGGGGUGUAGCCCAUUACGGUUGUCCACGCGGUUAUUACAUGGAAGGCAACGAGACUAGAAUAUGUCUGCAGAAUGGCUCUUGGAGCGGCACGAUGCCAGCCUGUUUCGCCUUCGACUGCAAGUAUCCGAACCCGAUUGAGAACGGCCGUGUAGUCGUCGUAAACGGUUCGACCCUGUACGGAGGAGCCGCCGAAUAUCACUGCCUGCCUCAGUAUGAGAGGAUCGGUCCGUAUUUACGAAAGUGCUUGGAAAACGGGAGUUGGAGCGGCGAAGAACCAACGUGCCAAAUGACGUCUAACGAGAUUGCGGAGGCUCAAGGGGUCGGAACUAGCGUCGGAAUAGCCGCGGGUGUCAUCAUAGUUAUUCUCCUCGUUCUGGGAUUGGUUUAUCUCAGAUUGCGUAAAGCAACCCCGGUGAAGAAUACGGAAAAUGUUCAGGCGGCUGAAAGAAAAGAGGAUCAAAGCGCGGCGGUUAUGUCUUAUGCCAGUCUCAACGACGUUACCGGCAAUAAUAAUAGAAUGUACGAGAACGUACCCGAAGAAGGCUUGUACGACAGUCCCUACGGUAUCAGCGGCAGCGCAUACGGGCACGGCCACCACGGAGUCGCCCGGAGAAACUACAACUGCGCCAGAUCCGGCCAUUACGAGGCUGAGCCGUUGCCAAGAAAUGGCAUCACCAUCAAUGGCGUAUCCGUCCGAUAGCUAUUCAGAUGCUAAACUUUUCAUGUUAAAAGUUUCGACUAAACGAUGUCGUAUAACAAUUUAUAUGUAGUAUGCGACGAAUCUACACCGUGAUAAACGUUAGAGCCUGUAAAUAAUUGAAAAACUGUGAAACAUUGUUCAAAGUUACGCUUAGAAGAAAACCUAGCCUGCUAGACCACCUUAUUCAUUAAAUUCUUCGCUUUUAUCCUCUCGAUAAUCGAGCCGAUUCAUUGCGAUCGUUUGUAUAUGAUUUUCUGUAUAUACCGCAUUAUCCGAUAAAUCUAUUUUUUUAGUUUGUAUACCAUGAUUCAUUUUAAAUAAAAAAACAUAUGAUUAUA